AUGGGUUUAGGCUGUUGCCUAGUACAAGAGCAGCGUCAAUACAUCGGAAUGAGAAGUGGUAUACUACUUCGAUCAUUGCGUCUUCUGACGAUACGAAGUUUCCAUUUAGCCAGAUUCGAGCAACUUAAACAAGCUGUUGAGCCAUGCUUAACAGAUAUAUCUUCCCAACUUCAAAAGCGAAACUUUGAAUUUCCAUUUUCCUGUUUUAAUUCCGAAUCGAACGAAGAUAACCAAAAACUCAUGAUCUCGUUCAGAAAACAACUCCAUGACCAAUUCAAACAAUACACGACUGAUAAGUCAUCAUUCAUCCCACUCCCAAAGAUCCAGCUUGUCGACUUUAUAAACCCACAUAUUAACACCAUUACCCAACUCAUCUACAUGGUGAAUGGAGACAGGGUUCCAAUUAAUUUCCUUGAAUAUAGCAAAAUCACCACUAAGCAACAACUCAUCACCAAAUUACUUACACAACUCCUUUACAGACACUACAAUGAACGAAAAAUACGGACAACUCGACUGGAAUCGAAAACUAUAGAUUUCAGCAAUCCAUCCGAAUGGUAUCCUAAUGCUCGGAAAAUGAAACGGAAAAUCGUCAUGCAUGUGGGUCCAACCAAUAGUGGCAAGACUUAUCACUCACUUUUGAAACUCGAAAAGGCACGCAGUGGAUACUAUGCUGGACCAUUACGUCUUUUAGCCCGUGAAAUCUUUGAAAAAUUCCAACAGCGAGGUGUCAGCUGUAAUCUUGUCACUGGUGAGGAGAUCAUUCCUUCGUACGAUGACAACGGAGUCAUUAGUGAAAUCUCCGCCGGUACAGUCGAGAUGAUUCCCCUUAAUAAGAAAAUGGACAUUUGUGUAAUUGACGAAAUUCAAAUGAUUGGUGAUCAUCAAAGAGGGGCAGCUUGGACAAAUGCAUUAUUGGGAGUAUUGGCCAAAGAGAUUCAUUUAUGUGGUGAAGAAAGUGCAGUGCAAUUAGUCAAGAAAAUCGUGGCUGUAACCGGAGACGAAUUGGAAAUCAAAAGAUUUAAAAGAUUUGGGAAAUUGACGGUCCAGAAUCGUAUUACAUCGUUCACCACCUUGAAAAAGGGUGAUUGUGUCGUUGCAUUUUCGAAAAAGAAAAUCUUGGACUUGAAGAACCAAAUUGAACAAAAUACCAGAUUGAAAGUCGGAAUCGUCUAUGGUUCACUUCCACCGGAAAUCAGAAGCAAGGAGGCACAGAGUUUCAAUAAUGGAGAAUACGACGUUUUAGUUGCAUCGGAUGCCAUUGGUAUGGGAUUGAAUCUUAAAAUUAAACGUAUUGUAUUCCAGUCAGUCAAGAAAUUCAACGGUAAGGAUUUACAAGGAUUGUCUGAUCUGCAGGUCAAACAAAUUGCAGGACGUGCCGGACGAUACUUUGCUAAAGAUGGGAUGCAAGAAGGAUUUGUCACGGCAUUGGACAUGCCUACUUUAAAAUAUGUCCGUAAUGCUAUGGCUAAACCAGUGGUGCAACUCGAGAAAGCUGCCUUGUGGCCCACACCCGCAGUCUGGAAACACCACAUGGCAAAUUGGGAUACCAAUGAACCAUACUUGGAUACACUUUAUCGUUUUGCUAAAAAAGUACCCAAAUUGAAACUCAAGGAUUACUUCAUUAGUCCCAUGGAGAUUGAGAAACGUUGCGAACUUCUUCUGAUGUUCAAACCUGGUAAAUUACACGACAAAAUUGAAAUCGAUGACCAGAUAACUCUUUCUGACGUCCCACUUAGACUUCGUGAUGACCAUGGCGGACCCGUUUAUAAUGCCAUGCGAGAAAUGGUGGAGUCGGUUGCGACCAACAAAAGUCGUGGUCUUUUACAUUAUAGCUUUAUUGAUCUCAAAUUGUUGGAGAUGGAACCUUCUCGUUCAUUUGAUGUUGAUGAACCAAUGCAGAGAGUGCAACAGUUGGAAAUCAUGCAUAAUUUGAUCUUGGUGUUUAUGUGGCUAAGUCAAAGAUUUUCGACAUUAUUUAUAGAUAAAGAGAGCAUGUAUGACUUGAAGGCAUUAGUGGAAAAGAGAAUCAGCGAAGAGAUGCAAGUGGUUAAGAGAAUCAACAAGUCCACCAAGGGAUACUGA